GAGGAGCGGGAGGAGCCGGAGCGGCGGCGGCGGAGCAGGGCCCCGCGCUCUUCAACGGGGACAUGGAGCCCGAGGCCGCCGCCGCCGGCGCGGCCUCCUCGGCGUCGUCCUCCUCAUCGGCCGAGCCCGCCAUCCCCGAGGAGGUGUGGAAUAUCAAACAGAUGAUUAAACUGACCCAGGAACACAUAGAGGCCCUGCUGGACAAGUUCGGAGGAGAGCACAACCCACCAUCGAUCUACCUGGAGGCCUACGAGGAGUACACCAGCAAGCUGGACGCCCUGCAGCAGAGAGAGCAGCAGCUGCUGGAGUCCCUGGGGAACGGGACCGACUUCUCCGUUUCCAGCUCCGCUUCGACGGACACCGUCACGUCCUCUUCGUCGUCCAGCCUCUCGGUGGCCCCUUCGUCCCUCUCGGUCUUUCAGAACCCCACCGACGCGGCCCGGGGUAACCCCAAGUCUCCGCAGAAGCCGAUAGUCCGCGUCUUCCUCCCGAACAAGCAGAGGACGGUGGUGCCGGCAAGAUGUGGGGUGACGGUCCGGGACAGCCUAAAGAAAGCCCUGAUGAUGCGAGGUCUCAUCCCCGAGUGCUGUGCCGUUUACAGAAUUCAGGAUGGAGAGAAGAAGCCGAUCGGCUGGGACACGGACAUCUCUUGGCUCACGGGAGAAGAGUUGCACGUGGAAGUUUUGGAGAACGUUCCGCUUACCACCCACAAUUUUGUACGGAAGACAUUCUUUACUUUAGCAUUCUGCGACUUUUGUAGAAAGCUGCUUUUCCAGGGUUUCCGCUGCCAAACGUGUGGCUACAAAUUUCACCAGCGCUGUAGUACGGAGGUGCCGCUGAUGUGUGUUAAUUACGACCAGCUUGAUUUGCUGUUUGUCUCCAAGUUCUUUGAACACCACCCAAUACCACAGGAGGAGGCCUCCUUAGGAGAGACCACCCUUACGUCGGGAUCAUCCCCUUCAGCCACCCCCUCAGAUUCUAUUGGACCUCCAAUUGUUGCCAGCCCAUCACCUUCAAAAUCCAUUCCAAUUCCACAGUCCUUCCGGCCGGCAGAUGAAGACCAUCGGAAUCAGUUUGGGCAACGGGACCGCUCCUCUUCGGCCCCAAACGUUCACAUAAACACAAUAGAGCCUGUCAAUAUUGACGACUUGAUUAGAGACCAAGGGUUACGUGGGGAUGGAGCCCCUUUGAACCAGCUGAUGCGCUGCCUUCGGAAAUACCAAUCCCGGACUCCCAGCCCCCUCCUCCAUUCUGUCCCCAGUGAAAUAGUGUUUGAUUUUGAGCCUGGCCCAGUGUUCAGAGGGUCAACUACAGGCUUGUCUGCCACCCCUCCUGCCUCCUUGCCCGGAUCUCUGACCAAUGUAAAAGCGUUACAGAAAUCUCCAGGACCUCAGCGGGAGAGGAAGUCUUCGUCGUCCUCAGAAGACAGGAAUAGAAUGAAAACCUUAGGUCGCCGGGACUCGAGUGACGACUGGGAGAUUCCCGACGGGCAGAUCACAGUUGGACAGAGGAUAGGGUCAGGGUCCUUUGGAACUGUCUAUAAGGGAAAAUGGCACGGUGAUGUGGCAGUGAAAAUGUUGAAUGUGACAGCCCCCACACCUCAGCAGUUACAGGCCUUCAAAAAUGAAGUAGGAGUGCUCAGGAAAACACGACAUGUGAAUAUCCUCCUCUUCAUGGGCUAUUCCACAAAGCCCCAGUUGGCGAUCGUGACCCAGUGGUGUGAAGGCUCCAGCUUAUAUCACCAUCUCCACAUCAUCGAGACCAAAUUUGAGAUGAUCAAGCUGAUAGACAUCGCCCGGCAGACUGCACAAGGCAUGGACUACUUGCACGCCAAGUCAAUCAUCCACAGAGACCUCAAGAGUAAUAAUAUAUUUCUUCAUGAAGACCUCACAGUCAAAAUAGGGGAUUUCGGUCUAGCUACAGUGAAAUCUCGAUGGAGUGGGUCCCAUCAGUUCGAACAGUUGUCCGGUUCCAUUUUGUGGAUGGCCCCGGAGGUAAUUAGAAUGCAAGAUAAAAACCCAUAUAGCUUUCAGUCGGACGUGUACGCGUUUGGGAUUGUUCUGUAUGAACUGAUGACAGGCCAGUUGCCGUACUCGAACAUCAACAACAGGGACCAGAUCAUUUUUAUGGUGGGACGGGGCUACCUGUCUCCAGACCUCAGUAAAGUGCGGAGUAAUUGUCCAAAAGCCAUGAAGAGAUUAAUGGCGGAGUGCCUGAAGAAGAAAAGAGACGAGAGGCCACUCUUUCCACAGAUUCUUGCCUCCAUUGAGCUCCUGGCCCGGUCGUUGCCAAAAAUCCACCGCAGUGCAUCUGAGCCCUCGUUGAACCGGGCCGGCUUCCAAACGGAGGAUUUUAGUCUGUACGCGUGCGCCUCUCCCAAAACGCCCAUCCAGGCAGGGGGAUACGGUGGGUUUCCCGUUCACUGAAAGAGGAUUGCGCGUGAGAGGAGAAUUUACAGCUUUCAAGUAGCCACACCACCCUGGCCACAUCUACUCUUAUUUCUUAAGUCUUGUGUUCCUACCGUUUCUUAACAUCGAAACUCAGUUCUGUUCCUCCAAACUUUUUUUUUUCAAAGAUAUCGAAUUGUAAAUGCAUAAGCUAGAAUGGAGGAGGAUGGAAUUUCCCCGUUCGAACGGGGAGAAAUCUUUUAGGAACCAGAAUUAUCUGCCACCAAUGUCUUCUCCUCGACACUCAGACGUGCCUGCCUGCUCCCAGGAGGAGAAAGGAAAGAGAGAGAGAGCACACAUUUUUGACCUUUUGGCGUUCAGGCGUGCCGGGAAGGAACCUGCUGCUGCUUCUUGGGAGAUUUGCUUUGGAAAGUCUGCCGGUCAACCUCUCUUCCCCCUGACCGCCAAGCCGCUGCAUGGCCGAACAGCUGAUGGGGACCAAGGACUCUGAUUCUAUUCUGGGAUUCUGUUGGGACUUCUUUUUUCCCCCUCCCCCGUGUACUUUCUGGUUGACGGGAAAAGCCGGAGGGCCCCCGCCUCCCCGGGAAUACGACCGCCCGGUUAAAAGGAUCCAGGCAAAGAUGGAUGUUGGAAUUCGGUCGGGAGGAGCCCAGCUCGGUCAGGAGGCAGAGGGGAACGCCUCACCGUUUUCCCAGACUGCCACGUCCCCGGUACCUACCCUUUAUUUCCUUUCCCAAUCUCUCGCGUGGGUCGUCCAGGGUGUCUCUCUCUCGGGGUCACGGGUCGGGGCUGGGUCGGGUGGAAGGCGUUCACCGUCAGAGCAUCUGUCCGUCUGUCUUUCCGUCCACCCCUCUCUUUAGAUCAACAAUGACAAAGGGUCACCAUAGUAAGUCUCCGGAGUUCUCUAACGCCAUUCGUUCCCCAGACGGAACGGCGGCGGGAGUGACGGUGUUUACGAAGCGCUCGCUGGGUGCAGGGCACCGCGCCAGGAGCCGGGAAAGAAGACACGGGUGGGAAUUGGACCAAGUAUAGCAUCUCUGAAGUAGAAAAUAAUCCUCAGGGUUAAUCGAGCAGAAUUCAAAAAGGAAAAAAAAAAGUCUUAGCAGUAGACAUGCCCAAAAUGGUGGGUUGGAGAACUCUCUUAAAGUCACUGGCUGUUUCCAUGAGAAGCUUAUAAAAGCAUGGAAACCCGUGGUCACCAGCGGUGGUUCACCGUGUUCAAAAGGACUCGGUGGGUUCACAGUGGCAUCCUCUUCUGUCUCACUGCUUCUUCCUCUUUCAUCUUACCGUGUCUCCGGCCCAGUUCCCUCCUUUAUUCAGAGUUUGCGACCCAAAAUAAAGGUGGAGGUGUCUGCAUUUA